AUGGACAACCCUCUGAUAUCCUUGUUCCUCCAUUCAUUUGCUCAAACUCACCAAAUAGACGACCCUCUGAUAUCCUUGUUCCUCCAUUCAUUUUGCUCAAACUCACCAAGUGGACGACCCUCUGAUAUCCCUUACAACCCUCUGAUAUCCCUUGUUCCUCCAUUCAUUUGCUCAAACUUUUCAAAUAAGAGACAUAUCCCUUGUUCUCCAUUCAUCAAACUCUUGUUCCUUGUUCUCCAUUCAUUUGCUCAAACUCACCAAGUGGACCCUCUGAUAUCCCUUGUUCCUCCAUUCAUUUGCUCAAACUCACCAAAUAGACGACCCUCUGAUAUCCUUGUUCCUCCAUUCAUUUGCUCCAAACUCCAUUCAUUUGUUCCUCCAUUCUCAAACUCACCAAAUAGACCCUCUGAUAUCCUUGUUCCUCCAUUCAUUUGCUCAAACUCACCAAGUGGACGACCCUCUGAUAUCCUUGUUCCUCCAUUCAUUUGCUCAAACUCACCAAGUAGACGACCCUCUGAUAUCCUUGUUGUUCCUCCAUUCAUUUGCUCAAACUCACCAAAUGGACGACCCUCUGAUAUCCCUUGUUCCUCCAUUCAUUUGCUCAAACUCACCAAACACGACCCUCUGAUAUCCCUUGUUCCUCCAUUCAUUUGCUCAAACUCACCAAGUGGACGACUGUGUCCUUGUUCCUCCAUUCUCACUGUAUCCCUUGUUCCUCCAUUCAUUUGCUCAAACUCACCAAGUAGACAACCUCUGAUAUCCCUUACGACCCCUCUGAUAUCCCUUGUUCCUCCAUUCAUUUGCUUCCUCCAUAUCCUUGUUCCUCAUUCAUUUGCUCAAACUCACCAAGUAGACAACCCUCUGAUAUCCCUUGUUCCUCCAUUCAUUUGCUCAAACUCACCAAGUGGAGACGACCCUCUGAUAUCCCUUGUUCCUCCAUUCAUUUGCUCAAACUCACCAAGUGGAUAUCCUUUGGACGACCCUCUGAUAUCCCUUGUUCCUCCAUUCAUUUGCUCAAACUCACCAAGUAGACGACCCUCUGAUAUCCUUGUUCCUCCAUUCAUUUGCUCAAACUCACCAAGUGGACGACCCUCUGAUAUCCCUUGUUCCUCAUUCAUUUGCUCAAACUCACCAAGUGGACAACCUCUGAUAUCCCUUGUUCCUCCAUUCAUUUGCUCAAACUCACCAAUAGACGACCCUCUGAUAUCCUUGUUCCUCCAUUCAUUUGCUCAAACUCACCAAGUAGACGACCCUCUGAUAUCCUUGUUCCUCCAUUCAUUUGCUCAAACUCACCAAGUGGACAACCCUCUGGACAACCAUUCAUUUCUCAAACUAUCCCUUGUUCCUCCAUUCAUUUGCUCAAACUCACCAAGUAGACGACCUCUGAUAUCCCUUGUUUCCUCCAUUCAUUUUGCUCAAACUCCAGUGAUUCUGAUUCAUUUCCUCCAUUCAAACUCACCAAUAGACAACCCUCUGAUAUCCCUUGUUCCUCCAUUCAUUUGCUCAAACUUUCAAAUAGACGACCCUCUGAUAUCCCUUGUUCCUCCAUUCAUUUGCUCAAACUCACCAAGUAGACGACCCUCUGAUAUCCUUGUUCCUCCAUUCAUUUGCUCAAACUCACCAAAUAGACGACCCUCUGAUAUCCCUUUGUUCCUCCAUUCAUUUGCUCAAACUCAAAGUAGACGACUUCUGAUAUCCCUUGUUCCUCCAUUCAUUUGCUCAAACUCACCAAGUAGACCCUCUGAUAUCCCUUACGACCCUCUGAUAUCCUUGUUCCUCCAUUCAUUUGCUCAAACUCACCAAGUAGACGACCCUCUGAUAUCCCUUGUUCCUCCAUUCAUUUGCUCAAACUCACCAAGUAGACGACCUCUGAUAUCCCUUGUUCCUCCAUUCAUUUGCUCAAACUCACCAAAUAGACGACCUCUGAUAUCCCUUGUUCCUCCAUUCAUUUGCUCAAACUCACCAAUAGACGACCCUCUGAUAUCCCUUGUUCCUCCAUUCAUUUGCUCAAACUCAAAUAGACGACCCUCUGAUAUCCCUUUUUCCUCCAUUCAUUUGCUCAAACUCACCAAGUGGACCCCUGAUAUCCUUGUUCCUCAUUCAUUUGCUCAAACUAUAGACAACCCUUGUUCCUUGUUCCUCCAUUCAUUUGCUCAAACUCACCAAAUGGACGACCCUCUGAUAUCCCUUGUUCCUCCAUUCAUUUGCUCAAACUCACCAAGUAGACAACCCUCUGAUAUCCUUACGACCUCUGAUAUCCUUGUUCCUCCAUUCAUUUGCUCAAACUUUCCAAAUGGACGACCCUCUGAAUCCUUGUUCCUCCAUUCAUUUUGCUCAAACUCACCAAGUGGACGACCCUCUGAUAUCCCUUGUUCCCAUUCAUUUGUUCAAACUUUCCAAAUAGACGACCCUCUGAUAUCCCUUGUUCCUCCAUUCAUUUGCUCAAACUCACCAAGUAGACGACCCUCUGAUAUCCCUUUCUCUGAUAUCCCUUGUUCCUCCAUUCAUUUUGCUCAAACUCACCAAGUGGACGACCCUCUGAUAUCCCUUGUUCCUCCAUUCAUUUGCUCAAACUCACCAAAUAGACGACCCUCUGAUAUCCCUUGUUCCUCCAUUCAUUUGUUCCUCCAUUCAAACUCACCAAAUAGACGACCCUCUGAUAUCCUUGUUCCUCCAUUCAUUUGCUCAAACUCACCAAGUAGCCGACCCUCUGAUAUCCCUUUGGACGAUCCUCUGAUAUCCACUGUUCCUCCAUUCAUUUGCUCAAACUCACCAAGUAGACGACCCUCUGAUAUCCCUUGUUCCUCCAUUCAUUUGCUCAAACUCACCAAAGUACGACUGAUAUCCCUUGUUCCUCCAUUCAUUUGCUCAAACUCACCAAAUAGACGACCCUCUGAUUCCCUUGUUCCUCCAUUCAUUUGCUCAAACUCACCAAGUGGACGACCCUCUGAUAUCCUUGUUCCUCCAUUCAUUUGCUCAAACUCACCAAGUGGACGACCUUCUGAUAUCCCUUACGACCCUCUGAUAUCCCUUGUUCCUCCAUUCAUUUGCUCAAACUCACCAAAUAGACGACCCUCUGAUAUCCCCUUGUUCCUCCAUUCAUUUGCUCAAACUCACCAAAUAGACGACCCUCUGAUAUCCCUUGUUCCUCCAUUCAUUUGCUCAAACUCACCAAGUAGACGACCCUCUGAUAUCCUUGUUCCUCCAUUCAUUUUGCUCAAACUCACCAAACGACCCUCUGAUAUCCCUUGUUCCUCCAUUCAUUUGCUCAAACUCACCAAAUACCCUCUGAUACUUGACCCUCUGAUAUCCCUUGUUCCUCCAUUCAUUUGCUCAAACUCACCUCUGAUAUCCCUUGUUCCUCCAUUCAUUUGCUCAAACUCACCAAAUAGACGACCCUCUGAUAUCCCUUGUUCCUCCAUUCAUUUGCUCAAACUCACCAAGUGGACGACCCUCUGA